AGAGAUGACACAGCUACAUUGCCAGAAGAACGACGCGCUCUUGCUGUUUUUGCCGUUUUUUACGUUACGUGUACAGGAUGUUUUGGUUUUCACAACAUGAGAAAACCCUAUAAGGCCGACUGAAAGUGUCCCGCAGCCUCAGCCAGUCAUGGAUUCCGCAUUUGAGAAGCACUGCUCGGAGCUGGUGGCCCGGGAGAGGAGCGGACACACGGCUGUGGCGGAGGAGAACCUACUGUAUGUGUGGGGCGGCUACGUGUCAAUUGCAGAUGAUGAAGUUCUUUUACCCAGUGAUGAAAUCUGGGUGUAUGACUUGCAACAAGGUGUAUGGGAAGUGUUUCACAUGACAGGGGAAGUCCCUCCCUCCAUGUCUGGGACCUGUGGCUGCUCCCUGAAUGGACACAUGUACAUAUUUGGAGGUUGUGACGACAAUGGACAGACCAAUCAGAUCUAUUGUGUCAACCUGAGAGACGGUAAAUACGCUUGGAAGAAGAUCAUACACGAGAUGGGCUCUGCUCCCUCACCUCGAGACAAACUGUCCUGCUGGAUUUAUAAAGGACGGAUAAUCUACUUUGGAGGAUACGGUCACAAAAUCCUGACUGAUACUGAUAGCAGGGCCAGAAGCUUCACCAUAGAUGAAGCAGCAUGGGUGGAGGAUGUCUUCUGGGGAUGGAACAACGAGGUUCAUAUAUUUGACCCCAUGCAAGCCAGUUGGAGUGAACCAAAAACCCAUGGCCAUGCUCCCGCCCCCAGGGCUGCUCACGCCAGCGCCACAACUGGUUGUAAAGGGUACAUUUGUGGAGGUAGAGUCAUGGAAACCAGGACAAAUGACAUUCACUGCCUGGACCUUGAAUCGUGGACGUGGUCAGAAAUAAUCCCAAUGUCCACCACUCCAGUGGGCAGAUCGUGGCAUACACUCACAGCAGUAUCUGACAGUUCCUUGUUCCUGUUUGGAGGUCUCAGUGUAGACUGCAAACCAAUGAGUGAUGGGUGGUUGCUUGAUGUUGAAACAAAGAAAUGGAGAGAGGUCGAGCAUCCCUAUAAGAAUAAGCCAAGGUUGUGGCACACAGCGUGCCUAGGGAAAGACUCUGAUGUUGUUGUGUUUGGUGGAAGUUGUGACUACAUCCUCCUUGUUGACACUGGUCAUUGCAAUGAUGCACUUGUUUUCCAGAUGCAACCAUAUCCUCUAUUCAGGAUUUGUGAAGAUUACAUUGCAAAGAACGUGAGGAACGAUGAGAUGCUCAGAAAUCAGCUUUCACUCCUGCCUCCCAAACUACUCGCAGCAGUUCAGAGGAGGAUUUCUUUCUACAGGCCUUCAAAGAAGCAAAAAUAUUAAUUAGGAGAAUGUUCUAAAUGCCAAGAACAAUGCAAUAUCUUACAAUUUGUUUUAUUUGUAUAUUUUUAAGUAUUGUACUCCCUUCAGCGUGAACAUCUUAUUCACACUGUGGGGUAGCAUUUUUAUUUUUAUUAUGUACUGUGCAGAAUAUUUAUGGUGUUAUAUUUUAUUGUCGUCCUGAUAUACGUUUUGUACUCUCUGCCGACUGAAACACACUAACAAACUGUCUAUGUGAUACUGUGAUGAUUAAAUGGCACA